GAGAUUGCAGGAAAACCAGCUGGGCGUAUUGUUAUGGGUCUCUUUGGAAAAACUGUGCCGAAGACAGCAGAGAACUUUAGAGCUUUGUGUACAGGGGAGAAAGGCACUGGAAAGAGUGGGAAGCCUCUUCAUUACAAAGGAAGCACAUUCCACAGAAUAAUACCCAGCUUUAUGCUUCAAGGCGGGGACUUUACUCUUGGUGAUGGAAGAGGCGGGGAAUCAAUUUAUGGGGAGAAGUUUGCUGAUGAAAAUUUCAAAAUCAAACAUACUGGACCUGGGCUUUUGUCUAUGGCAAAUGCUGGCCAGGACACUAAUGGUUCACAGUUUUUCAUCACAACUGUGACGACCAGCUGGUUGGACGGUCGUCAUGUUGUAUUCGGAAAGGUGCUGUCAGGAAUGGAUGUGGUAUAUAAGAUAGAAGCUGAAGGCAACCAGAGUGGAACACCCAAAAGCAAAGUUGUGGUUGCAGACAGUGGUGAACUUCCCCUGUAAUCAGCUUGUACUUGUACUUGUCUGUUUCUCCCAUCUAUUUACUCCGGAUUAUGCAUCUUAAUUUAUGUACCUGAACUAUGUUAAUUCAGGAAAAUGAAAUAUGUACCUUAAAUGUACACUUUUCAGUUUGGCACUUAAUAUUAUGAGUCCAUAUUGCCUGUAGAAUA